UACUUUAAGUAUGUCGAGAAAGACAAAUGAUGAUACACUCCCAAAUUUAUUGCAUCUAGCAAUUUCUGGUGGCGGGAAAAGUAAACAACCUAAAGUGAUAAACAGAAAUGAUAAACUACGACUGCUAAUGAAAUCAAUUUUAUAAUAAAUUAUUUAACAGUCGCAGUUUUGUAACUUCCUGUACUGGAGCAGUCUUAGAACUGUAGCCACGUGGUACUGGUCGAUUUCUGCUCCCUGAGACAAAUUACAUAUAUAUCAUAGCUUGUUCUAGCGUGAGAGCGCGCCAACAAAUAAUCCAAGAUUUGCGAUCUUAGGAAGAAUUGUCCAAAGAAACGUGUACUAAUGAACUGAAAUGCCGUGACAAAUAUCAGUUGAACGUUGGAAACUUUCAGCAAAAGAGGCGUAAGAAUCUGAGAGGUUACCGAUGGAGGCCGACCGUGUUCACACUGUUGGCGACGUGUUAUUUGUUUCCUCUCUGUGUGUUUUGUGUGUCUUGUGUGUUGCUGGAAAUGUCACAGUCAUUCUCACAAUUUUGGGAACUCCCAAAUUACGAUCCGGGAGUUCGUUGUUGCUGUUUAACCUCGGAGUCAGUGACUUGCUGAAUGGAACCAUCAGAAUAACAGUUGUAGCUGACAGUUUCUUCAGAGGUUAUAACCAUAAUCAGAUCUCCUGUCCUGUGAUUGCCAUUUUGACGUGCCUGUUUUCUGUGGUGUCCAUAGUAACGAUCACAUGUGUGGCGCUUGACCGAUACUUCUCCAUCAUCCACUGCCUUCGUUACUCCUCCUGGUCACCCGUUAGGACAACGUCUACCUCCAUCAUCGUCUCUUGGCUCCUCGGCCUGGUAAGCGCUGUCCCCAGCGUCUCUGGACUGUGGGGGACGGUCACCUAUGACUCAAGGAUGUACAUGUGUUAUGUCACGUGGAACUCAGCCUUACCGUACUCAAUUUUCACGUUUUUGGUGGCAUACGUGAUUCCAAUCGUGACAAUGGUGUAUGCAUAUCUUAGAAUCAUUGCAGUUGCAAGAGCUCACGCAAAAAAGAUAACCGAUUUGAAUUCCCACGUAAACAGGGGGGCCAGUGGCUCCACGGUGCCGCCGCACGGACUCGUUGCUUUCGCCGUCGUGGACCCCGUGCGUCAACUUCCUGUCAUGGGUUUCUCAGGUGCACCUAAAUCUUUAGUGGAUUUUGACCUUCACAGCUUUAAUGGAAAUAGUCAUAGCAACUCGUCCUCAGAGAAAAGUAACUGCAAACAAAAAGCAAUGCUAAGACUUCUUGGGCAUAUAAUGGCCUUUGUUAUUUGUUGGACACCAUUUGUUAUUUACGAAUUUAAAUUUAUUUCCCAAAAGAGCGACAUUGAGUUUUCAUCUCUCUCACUAAUGAUUACAACAUGGUUGCUCUGUCUACAUUCAACGUGGAAUCCUUUUCUCUACGCGAUAUUAAAUGGAAGAUUCCGAAAGUGUGCUCUCAGAUUAGCAAAAAGCAAACGAACGUCGGUAACGUGCGUGCGAGAUUUGAAUAGGUCCAAAAUAAUCAGCACAUUGAGUCAUCGGCGACCCCAGGUUACAGCUGAACAAGGUGACACCAAGUCUUCUAAAUCCGAUACAACUCAUCUAACCAUGACGGACCACCACAACGUGCAACCAAGGGUACAGAACCUCAACGUUCCCGGAUCCCACAAACAACACGUGUGUCCAUAUCCUGAAGCAAGUUUUUUUAAUCGAGCCAACGGUAUGCACAGAGAGCACAAUUACGCCACCAAAAGAAGUCUUCCAAGCGUCCUGGAAACUCUGCCCUCUGUUGAGUCUUUGGAUGAGGGUGUUUUCUUGGAUGAUGAAAUAGUAACAAAAAGAAACAGUCAAUGAAUCACUAAAAACACAGCGUCCUGAUUCCUUUUAUAAUAUCGUUUUAAAAUACGAACUGCAUCGUAUUUUCAAACUUUAAACAUUUUUCUAUUUCUAGCACACAUCCUUGAAUUAUUUUUUUGUACUGCAUGUGUUUGAUUGUAACUGUAUAAACGUCUAAUAAAAUGAGUAUGAAUAAAAUUGUUUUAUUAAUGGCACGGCUGCUUAACUCAAUGCAUUUUAACUUUUGACGGGAGAGAAAUGAAAAAAGUUGUCCUCAGGCAUUUUGAAGAUGAUACAUUAUGUCCUUCAAGGCAAUAAACAGUAUUUUUACAUAAUUGAUUCCCUCACUCCAAAUGAUGUGAACCGUGAAAAUCAACGGUCGAGCUGUGUUACGUAGAAUAAAGCAUUGCGGUUUAUAUCACGUAAUGUUAAUGUUUUAAUUAAAAAAAAAACU